CCGUGAGAUACUUCCUCAGUAGAGAAUGGCUGCUGCCGCCUGCACUACCGUUAACAACGCUGCCGUUAACAACACUACCAACCCGCUGAAACAACACCGGAGGAAAAAUAGAGAUACGCGGCGGAGACAAGCAGCUCUCUUUUUCCUUAGUAACAUUUCACUAGAUGGACGGCCAGUACAACAGACAUACCAUGGAAACCGAGACAGCGAGUUGCUGGGGGGCGAUAUCCGGGCGACAGUGGCCGGGAUGUUAACCGUGUCCAACUAUGGGACCUUCACUAACCUACCAACGUCGGUGAGCUGCGGGACCGUUGGGAACGUUUGCGCCGUUCCGGGACUCGGAGUUAUCACUGUCCCGCCUAUCCUCGUUCUGCCUUCGGACUCGUUCAAUGAUGGGACAACGGAGGUAUUUCUGGAGAGGCGAGGAGGGUCGUUUUCCUCGCAGGGAAACCUCCUCUCUCCCUCGGGUCUCCUUCCUACUCCCCUCGGACGGCGGAAGUCCUCCACGUUGCUGUCUGUCCAGAGUUGUAAUUCGGUGACUUCGGAAUCGGGACGGAGUCGGGCUCGUAACCUGUUGGGCUCCCCCAGACAUCACCCUGUGAAGAAGGUCCACUUCAUCAAGAACAUGAGACAAUACGACACACGAGGCAGCAGGAUCGUGUUGAUCUGUGCCAAGCGUUCUCUGUGUGCAGCCUUCUCAGUGUUACCCUAUGGAGAGAGCUUUCACAUCAGUGACUCCAAGUUGGACAGGUGUAGGCAUUCAUCAGGGAACAUCUCUACCAGUCUGGAGAUGAUGCCUGGACUAGAAGGGUUCGAACUGGAGCCCUACGGCAAGACGGUGUCAUAUGCCCAGUUUCUGUACCCGACCAACGCCCUGGUCCGUCAGAAGACCCCCUCGGUGGACAUUACCCUCCAGGUGCCCCUCAACCAGGUGACCCGGAACAGUAACCCCAGAAACUACACCCCAACCAGGCUAAACUGCAACGUGGGACUGGAUCUGGGUGUGGAUGAGGCAUUAGACUAUGACCCCAACCUUCUGAGUGACCCCCAGUGGCCUUGUGGGAAACACAAGAGAGUCCUGAUCUUCGCUUCAUACAUGACGACAGUGAUAGAGUACGUGAAGCCGUCUGAUCUGAAAAAGGACAUGAACGAGACUUUUAAAGAGAAGUUUCCUCAAGUCAAGCUGACUCUCAGCAAGAUCAGGAGUCUAAAGAGAGAGAUGCGUACAGUGGGUGACGACUGCGGCCUGCAGGCGGUCACCGUGGCGAUGGCAUUUGUUUACUUUGAGAAGCUGGUCCUCCAGGGACGACUCAACAAACACAACAGGAAGUUGGUCUCUGGAGCCUGUGUGCUGCUCGCUGCUAAGAUCAGCAGCGACCUCAAGAAGCAGGACGUCACGCAGCUCAUAGAUAAAUUAGAGGAGCGUUUCCGUAUCAGUCGGCGGGAGUUGAUCCCAUUUGAGUUCACUAUCCUUGUUGCCCUGGAGAUGGCUCUGUACCUGCCUGAGAGCGCCAUCAUGCCACACUACCGACGCCUGGUGCAGCAGAACUAGGGCCACGCCCACUGCUGCACCCACGUGGACGGGAGCCACGCCUACAAGGGUCUGGAGACUGGACACGGGGGUGGAGUUAGGGGAGGAGCUACACCUGCUAGGGUCUGGAGACUGGACAUGUGAGGGGAGGAGCUACACCUGCUAGGUUCUGGAGACUGGACAUGGGGGUGGAGUGAGGGGAGGAGCUACACCUGCUAGGUUCUGGAGACUGGACAUGGGGGUGGAGUGAGGGGAGGAGCUACACCUGCUAGGGUCUGGAGACUGGACAUGGGGGUGGAGUGAGGGGAGGAGCUACACCUGCUAGGGUCUGGAGACUGGACAUGGGGGUGGAGUGAGGGGAGGAGCUACACCUGCUAGGGUCUGGAGACUGGUCAGGGAAUUCUCUGCCCCCACACCUGGAAACCUGGGCAUUUGAUACCAUUCCACUCCAGCCAUUACCACGAGCCCGUCCUCCCCAAUUAAGGUGCCACCAACCCCCUGUGCUAAGCACCAUAAAAUUCAGACUUACUCACCUCAGUAACUGGUAUUUUACUCUCACCUUGAAGAAGUAUAAAUUACACCGAUCAGUCUUCCUACAUUUGCUCGUAUUAUUAUCAACAUACAGUAUAUAGUUACUACACUUUCUAAACCUGAACGUUGCCAUGCUUCCACGUGCCACAAGGGGGUGCUACAGUUCAGCAGUAGCAUUGCAAGAAUACCAGUUAGUCUUCAUACACACUUAUAGGGCUGACCUAAACUGUACCGUUCUGGUUCGGGUUUUCUUCUCGCUUCACAUUGUCCGUUCCAGCAGGGUUCCGGCAGGGUUCAGGCAGGGUUCCGGCAGGGUUCCAGCAGGGUUCAGGCAGGGUUCCAGCAGGGUUCAGGCAAGGUCCCCAGCAGGGUUCCAGCAGGAUU